GUUGAAACGUUGGGGCCCGGCGCAUGCGCAGCUCUACAGACCUGACGCAAAAUUGGGGUCUUUUGUUGAGACCAAAAGACAGGUCUUGCUCAAGCUUUUCUAAUAUAUCGGGACUAUUUCCUGAAAAUAAUACAGUUCUGGGUACAGUCCCGGCCCUGGCAGAUUAUUGAUGCGAGGAUACGUGCAGAGCUGACAACGUCGGAUGUACACAAACAAAACCAGCUUUCCGUUUUAAGGUGGUCGUUUUAAGCGUACGUUGAUCUUACGAAAACAAGUGCGAUAAGCGGUCAGUACACAUGGGAAGUCACGGAAAUUAAAAGGAGCGGAUCUCCUUUUCGCCUUCGGGAUAUCAUGAAAGAGAAGAGGAAUAUUUGUAUGGAAAGACUGCCCAUGGCGUGCAGAAGUGGGGUUCAACUUUCCAGUUGCCUCGUCCAAACAGAGGAGAAGGUGAAAGCAGAGAGAGGAUAUUUGUGGUCCAGCUUCAUCCCUCAUAUUUCAGAUAAAUAGUCAACAAGCAUUUUGGACCGUGGUGAGAAAUGGAGACUGUCGGGAAAUUCGAGUUCAGCAGAAAGGAUCUUAUAGGACAUGGUGCAUUCGCAGUGGUCUUUAAAGGCAGACAUCGAGAGAAGCACGAUUGGGAAGUUGCAGUCAAAUGCAUCAACAAGAAGAAUUUGGCCAAAUCCCAGACCCUUUUGGGCAAAGAGAUCAAGAUAUUAAAGGAGCUGAAACACGAGAACAUCGUUGCGUUGCUUGACUUCCAGGAAACAGCAAGUUCUGUGUACCUGGUAAUGGAGUACUGCAAUGGGGGAGAUUUGGCGGACUACUUGCACUCAAAGGGCACUUUAAGUGAAGACACCAUCCGAGUGUUCCUGCAGCAGAUAGCAGGGUCCAUGAGGGUCCUCCAGGCCAAAGGCAUCAUCCACAGAGACCUGAAACCCCAAAACAUUCUGUUGUCCCAUCCUGCAGGCCGAAAGUCCCACUCCAACAACACCUGCAUCAAGAUAGCUGACUUCGGCUUUGCGAGGUACCUCCAGAACAACAUGAUGGCCGCCACACUCUGCGGCUCCCCCAUGUACAUGGCUCCAGAGGUUAUUAUGUCACAGAACUAUGACGCAAAGGCUGACCUGUGGAGUAUAGGAACCAUUGUGUUUCAGUGCCUGACUGGGAAAGCGCCAUUUCAGGCCAGCAGUCCCCAGGAUCUUCGCUUGUUUUAUGAGAAAAAUAAAACUCUUAGCCCAAACAUUCCGAGAGAAACUUCUAUUCAUCUUAGACACCUGCUGCUCGGUCUCCUGCAGAGAAGUCAUAAGGACCGUAUGGACUUUGAUGAAUUUUUCAAACACCCUUUCUUGGAAGCAAGUUCCUCUAUGAAGAAGUCUGCUCCGGUGACCCUGACUUGCUUUCCUAGCUCGGCUUCUGCAAGCUCGUGCAGUAGUUCAUCUACAUCACACCUGGCCUCUCCUCCUCAAUCCCUUGCGGAGAUCCAGCAGAUUCGUGCGAAAGCGCUGGCCUCCCCUACCCAGGAUUCUCCAGGGUACCUGCUGAAGGACUCAGGAGGCGGCGGAGGGGGGAGCAGCAGCAAGAACUCAUCCUGUGACACGGAUGACUUUGUCAUGGUUCCAGCUCAUUUCCCCGGUGACCUUACCUGUGAAAUGCCAACAGGAAAGAUUCUUCAGGAGAGUCUGAUGUAUAGUGGGAGUUCCUUUCUGGGUUCUGGAGGUCAGUGCAGUCAAGGCAAGACCCCACCACGCUCCCCCUCUUACAGCAGCUCCGCAGGACCCAGCGGCAGGCCGAGUGAGUUUCCUGGGAGUAACUAUGGCAACUCUGUGCAGUCUGCACCCAUUCCUGUACCCACACAGAUUCACAAUUACCAGCGCAUGGAGCAGAACCUUCAGUUCCCGAGUCAAGAGGAAUCUCCGAGGUCUGGCCCAGUACAAAGGUGUGGUAGUGGGAGUUUUUUGACCGGUGGAAGGUCCGGUCCUUCACCUCCUCAGUUUGGAGGGCCUGUUUCUGCUCUCACCUCCCGCAGAUUGUCUACAGGAGGAGCAAAACCUUUUCAGCUCUCCCCGCAGGUGGGCACUAUUCCUGAGUUGCCAGGCCAAGUGUGCCCAACUGGAGAAAUGGGUCACAGGGGUUCUAGGGGUGGAGAAACGAAACCCUGGACACAGCAGGGCCUGGGCACACGUCUCAACAGCGCCCCCUGUUUGAUGGAGGCAGCCGGUGGGUGCAGACAGAAGAUCAGGAAACAGCAUUCAGACCCAGUGGUAGUCCCUCAGGGAAACGUGAUGCCCUUUCGCACCCUGCACUCCUCUCCCAGGCUCAGCGAGCUUAUGCAACGCAGCCCCCUGCCAACCAUCCUAGGAUCUCCUUCCAGAGCUAUGCCCCCGUUCGAGUUUCCAAAACUCCCGAGUUCUCCAAACAUGGUCACAUUUCUGACCCAGCAGGGCCUGAGAACAGCUCAGGGAGAGACUGGUCUGCCACCUUCCUACCAAUCUGAGGAGAGAAAAGCCUUCGGGAGGUCUCAGAGCGCUGGUCGCCUGUCUGAUGUGCUUCUGAUGGCAGCGUUUGGAGGGCAGAGAGGAGAAAAAGGAAGCACAGAGAACCUCAGUUCAGACAGAGCCAUAGACAUCACAGCGCCCCCUGGUGGUGGAACCUUCUAUGUGGGCUCAAGUAGCCCGGCUCGUGUAGUGUUCACCGUGGGUUCUCCGCCCAGUGGAGGGACACCUCCACAGGGUUAUCGCUCAAGGAAGUUCUCAGUGGGUUCUUCAAACUCAAUUAGUCCAGUAGGCUCCCUCACCAGCCGCUACCCACAAUCAGGCUUUUGCAUGGACGGCUAUGAAGGGGCCUCCAGUCCUCGCUAUGGUUUUGGUGACCCCAUUUCGACGGUGACUUUUGAAGCCCCUGAACUACCAGAGGAGACCCUAAUGGAGCAGGAACAUACGGAGACUUUGCAGAGGCUUCGAUUCAUGCUGGACUUCACUCGCUGCAUGGUGGAGGUAGCUGCAGCCCGGGGAGGCGACGCGGCAGACUCGGACCCCUCCUCCACCAGCCUGCUCCAGCAACAGAGUCUAGUCGCCGACCAAAUCAGCUCUCUGAGCCGAGAAUGGAGUUAUGCCGAGCAGUUGGUGCUUUAUAUGAAGAUAGCAGAGCUUCUGUCGUCUUCACUACAAACAGCCAUUGAUGGCAUUAAGAAGGGAAAGCUCUAUCCCUCUACCACCGUCAAACAAGUGAUCAAGAGGCUGAACGAUCUGUACAAGUCCAGCGUGACGUCCUGUCGUUCUUUGAACGUUCAGCUGGAGCGCUUCUUCUCCCGUAAACACAAACUCAUGGACCACGUCAACAGCAUCACAGCUGAGAAGCUUCUCUUCAGUCACACUGUACAGAUGGUGCAAGUUGCUGCUCUGGACGAAAUGUUUCAUCAGGGUGAGUCUUCAGUCCAACGCUAUCAUAAGGCUUUGCUGAUCAUGGAAGGUCUGUCACUCCUCCUCACCGAACAGACCGACAUCCUCAGCGUCAGCAAGUGUAAGCAAUGCAUCGAACGCCGUCUCACCGCACUGCAGUCGGGUCUCUGCGUGUAGUUUUUCCACCACAGACUGCUGACGUCAAUCUCCCCACAGUAAUGAUCUACUUUUCCUCCAGCUUUCUAUUUUUCACUUGCACCCCUGUCCAUUUUUCUUCACGCUCUGUAGAGGAGUGUACAACCCUCUGGUUGGACCAAGUUUUCUGACUGAAGGCUGGCGGUGGGGAAAGAUCAGGAUCCUCCAUCACAACUUAAUAGAGACGAAUGACAGAUUCUGUCAGACCUGUUUCAUAUCCAAAGUUCAGUCAUCGAAUACAAGAAGAUGCACCUACCAGUUCUGCCUAGUGUGUAUUUCAAGAUGACACAUUACGUCAUGUUUCUCAUCUCAAACGGGUCGAUGGUACAGGAUUGUAAUGGGUUGUGCAAUUUGCGGUAACUGACAGGUUUACUCACCUCAGUUUAUUUUUUUCCGUAUUUACAGAAGUUAUCUGCCUAUUCACUACAUGUUGACUCACAGAGAGAGGUUUUUAAGAUUAUUAGGGAAUUAAUUGUGUAUUUGGGGGAAUGCGCUUUGAGAAUAUGUUUAAGUUGACGUCACUUUUGUUGGUUGCAUCCAGUCAGAAGUUACGCCGACUGGAUGAAUUUUCAGAAAAUGUCAAUUCUGUGCACCUGUUGAAUGUUGCAGCAUUUACCAAGGCCCAGAUUCUCCUUUCCCUUUAUCCUUAGAUUAAAUUAUGUGACCAGGCAAUUAAUAAUACAUACAAACAAAUUUUGCCAAUGAUGUGUAAGACAUUCCUUGUUUUACCGAAGGAAACUGUAUAAAGCCAGCAAAAUCGUGUGUCGCACUUUAGUGAAUGUUUACCAAAUAAGAGCUUGUCAAAUUCCAUUUCCUCCUUCAAUUUUUAAGAAAUUAAUAUUUGUGUGGGGUGUUCGGACAUCUCUUAUGACCUAAUCCUUUGUUUUCCUUUUUUAUAUUUUGUUUGGCAAACAUCUGUCUGAAUCUAACUCUGCUUUUUAGUCUGUGUUUUGAUCAGGACCAAAACUGGUCUCACAAAGAGAAAAUUAAUCGUGGAUGUGAAAGAAAGGCGUGACUUCAGACUAUACCUAUCAUUCCAAUAUAACCCGAUGGUCAGUUCUGGUCCUGACAUCCACCUGGAUUCAUUUGGGACAUUUUAGUGUUUGUUUUGAGACUUAAUGUACUUCCUGUAGGUUGUGCAUGCAUCAUUGUGGUGUUCCUGUCGCUGAUGUGAGCAGGUAUCCGAAGGGCAGGUCGUAUUAUCUUAAGAGUAGACUGUUAUAGUUUUCUGCACUGUUUGAGGACGCAAUUGUUAUAUAAGCUAAAGACAUUCGAGAGUGGACCAUGUAAACGCCACCCUUUGUAGAAAUAUUCAGUGCUUUUAUCUUUUUUUUCAGUCGUGUUUUGUAUGUGUUUAUCUGUUGAAGCUGUUUAAACAUUUUAUAAUGUGCCUUUAAAAAAAAAGCAAAACCUGAAACACUGAAAAAUAUAUUGACUUAUUGUACUUUUUUGUAUAUUAUUGUCAGAGAGUCUGGCAUGAAUUUGUUGUUUUCUUAUUGGUUGAUUUUGACCAGGUUAAGAUGCCAUAGAAUUGAUUUAGUUUUGCUUUUAGUUUGUGUGUGUGUGUAAAUGUGCUUGCUUGUAAAGUAUCGUGUGGAUAAUAAUAGUUUUCUUUGAAUAAACUGAAGUGUCAUAACGGUGUGGCACAAGCAGUAAUUUCUGAUUUCCAGUUUGCAAAGGCCAGUUUCCAUAAUAGAAAUGUGCAUUUUUUCGUCUCUAAUGCCCACCACUCAAACCAAACCAAUUUGAGCAAAUGUUCUCCUUGACGGGGAAGAUGAACACUAUUUUGUUUUUGCAAACAGAAUAAUAUAAGGUUCAUGCUGCAUAAGGGUGUUUUAUAGCGUAUUUCUGUUGUCAAGAUUGCAUCAAAUGAAAUACAUAUUUAAGCUUAACCAUUAAAUGCUUAUGGACAUUG